AUGUCGACGGGUAUUGGUAAAUGGGGAGAUAAACAUGAUGAUCAUCAUGUUGGUCCAGCUCGUCGUUCAUUCGAUCAAGAGUAUGAUAAAACAUCGGCAUUCGAAUUCACCAAUCGAUCAUUUGCUCGACCACAACCAUGGCGUACAUAUCCAGUAUUGGGUGGAGAAACUGGCGAUGAAUUGGACCUGGAUCCGCUGAUUAAGGAACAACGCGAUAAACUAUUACCAGGCAAAUCAUUGAAUCCUGAAUACAAUCGAUUCUUCGACGAACGAAAAGAUGAUAAAGAUGGAAAAGCACAAGUUCGAGAAGAUCAUCUAGCUUUGUUUUCACCAACAACAAGAAAAGUUAUUCUUUUCGAUAUGGGCCUUAAACCAGGCGAUGGCGAUCUCGAUCGUGACUAUGAUAGUGAUCCACGUUACCGCGUUUGGGGAAUGCCGUAUUAUAUAGCUCCAUACGAUACACGCAUUUUAUUUCCAGUCGGAUUUUCUGCGUUAGUCGUUAUGCGUAAUAUGUAUUUACGUCGGCCAUUGUUUUCAGCUCGACCUGUUUAUGCAGCAACGAUCGUUGGUGGUUUUCUGUUUGGCUCAUGGUGGAGAAAAUUCCGUGAACAGCGAAUGUUAGAAAAAGAAUUGAGUAUUUGGGAUUAUGUUCGACGUCAUCCCGAAGAUUUUCCUGAAGUGUUUGAAAAACGCCGAAAAUAUAAAGAAAUCUUUCAAUCCUGGAGACCAUUACGUUAG